AAUUAAUAGGACAUAUUGAAUGAAUUUUAUUUAGAAAUAUUCAGAAUUAUAAAAUUCUUUGGAACUCUUGAAUAGUGAACCUAAAUAGUUGAAUUCAAAUGAUGUUUAUGAAUAUGUUGCAAUGAAUAUUUCUCCAGAUUUUGAAUGGUUGGCAGUAGGUGGACUGUAUAUUGAUAAUAUCGUUCUAUGGAAGAUAUCUUCUUAAACUCAAACAAAAGUAAUAGGAACAUAGAUGAAUGAAGAUUUAGGAUAAUUAGAAUUUUCAAAAGAUUCUAUUUAUUUAGCUGCUUGUGGAUCUAGUAUAAAAAUAAUUAUUUGGAAAAUGAAAGAAUUAGAUGGAAAUCCUAUUAUUUUAGAUGGACAUUAAUCAAGAAUUUGGAGAAUUCAAUUUUUUAAUAAACCUCUAAUUGAUAUUUUAUGUUCUGGAAGUUCUGACUCCUCUGUGAAGAUAUGGAAUGUUACAUAGAAAUAAUUAUUGUAAACUUUUAAUAUCAAUGAAGAUAAUUCGAUAUUUAGUGUUGGAAUUUCAAUUAAUAAUAAAUGGAUUCUAAUAGUUGGCAAUGAUUCAAAAACUUUGAUUUUAGAUAGCAAAAGAUUAAAAUUGAUUUCUUAAUCAAAAAUUUGUGAAAAUUAAUUAUAUUUUAUUGGAUUUCCUUAACAUACAUGUUAAUAUUAUGCUUGUUCUGGUAUGGAUGAGUAUGUUAGACUAUUAACAAAAAAUAAAUUAAUUAGAAAAAUACAUUUUCCAGAGAAUUGGAAAUGGUAAAUUGAAUUUACAUGUUAAUCAAUCUUAGUAGUAUCAAGUAUAAAUUCCAUUUUGUUUUGGGAUAUAAGUAGAGGAAUUCAAAUAAAAGUGUUACAAAACAUUUUUUAUACUUAUCCUUCAUUUCAAUUUAAGUAUUUGGAAUAAGGAUUGUGUGCAACAGCAAGCAAAUUUAUGAUAAAAUUGUGGAUAAAGUGA